CCCACCCGGCUCGCCGCGAGGCCCGGAGCCGGCGCCGCGGCCCCUCGCUCACCACUGCGCAGGCGCGGCCCGCGAGCGUGGGUCGUCUGGAGGCUGCGGACUGCCGGCACUUCGGAGCUCGGGGGUUUGCGGCCUUCGUCUGACCAGUUCCAGCCGCGCACUACCUGAGACAGCGAGGCGCAGCGAGCCGCUCUGGGCAGUGUGGUUAUGGAGAAUCAGGUGCUGACGCCUCACGUUUAUUGGGCUCAGCGGCACCACGAGCUGUAUCUGCGCGUGGAGCUGAGUGAUGUGCAGAAUCCUGCCAUCAGCAUCACUGAAAAUGUGCUACAUUUCAAAGCUCAGGGGCAUGGUGCCAAAGGAGACAAUGUUUAUGAAUUUCACCUGGAGUUCUUAGACCUUGUGAAGCCAGAGCCGGUUUACAAGCUGACCCAGAGGCAGGUAAACAUCACCGUGCAGAAGAAGGAGAGUCAAUGGUGGGAGAGACUCACCAAGCAGGAGAAGCGCCCACUGUUCUUGGCCCCUGACUUUGAUCGUUGGCUGGACGAGUCUGAUGCUGAAAUGGAGCUCAGAGCCAAGGAAGAAGAACAAUUAAAUAAACUCAGACUCGAAAGCCAAGGCUCCCCUGAAACUCUUACAAGCUUGAAGAAAGGAUACCUGUUCAUGUAUAAUCUAGUGCAGUUCUUGGGAUUCUCCUGGAUAUUUGUGAACAUGACCGUGAGAUUCUUUAUCUUGGGAAAAGAGUCCUUCUAUGACACGUUCCACACUGUGGCUGACAUGAUGUAUUUUUGCCACAUGCUGGCAGCCGUGGAAUCUAUCAAUGCAGCAAUUGGAGUCACUAAGACACCAGUGGUACCUUCUCUUUUCCAGCUUCUUGGAAGAAACUUCAUUUUGUUUAUCAUCUUUGGUACCAUGGAAGAGAUGCAAAACAAAGCUGUGGUUUUCUUUGUGUUUUAUAUAUGGAGCACAGUUGAAAUUUUCAGGUACCCCUUCUACAUGCUCUCCUGCAUUGACAUGGAUUGGAAGGUGCUCACAUGGCUUCGUUACACUGUGUGGAUUCCCCUAUAUCCUAUGGGAUGUUUGGCAGAAGCUGUCUCAGUGAUUCAGUCCAUUCCAGUAUUUAAUGAAACAGGAAGAUUCAGCUUCACAUUGCCAUAUCCAGUGAAAAUCAAAGUUAGAUUUUCCUUUUUUCUUCAGAUUUAUCUUGUAUUACUAUUUUUAGUAGCAGAUUCCUUAUCCAGAGGAAUUAUUACAGAGGUGGUAAUACAGCUGGCAGCAAGGAAGAAGGCAAUAAAGGCCUCCGUUCAAGGACCCACAAGACGUCAGAAAGCCUUCUACCUGACAAUAGGAAAGCCCCCUAUUCCUCAUGGUUAUACGUAAAUUUCCGUCAUCUUUAUAAACAGCGCAGGCGGCGCUUUGGACAAAAAAAGAAAAAGAUCCACUAAACGGAAGAGAUUUAGAUGACUUUUUGCCAGUUUGAGCCUAAUCCAUAGUUCUUACAGUUUUACCUUCUUGUACUGAUGUAAAAGUUUUUUUAAAGUUAAAUGAUUAAAUUCUCA